AACUUCUUUCUAUCACAUGAAUCUCCUUUUAACAAAUAAAAUAAUAAUAAAGUAAGGAUUAUGCAUAUCUUAUUGCACGUGGCCGGUGCCCUUUGAGACGUAUCACCCUCUACAUGCAAUAUAAAAAGCAUUGCAAAUGAACCAAAGUUUGAUCACAUCCAUCACUUAUAACUAAAAACACAAAUCAAGAUAAAAUGGCGGAAGAGCAAGCAGCGACGGCAAUGGAAACAUCGGCGGUGGAGAAGCAGCCAGAGACGACGACAGAGGCUGAAGCACCAAGUUUGACGACGAAGAGGAUGGUGGUUGCGAUUGAUGAGAGCGACUCGAGCUUCUACGCUCUCCAAUGGGUCAUUGACCAUUUCUCUAAUCUUUUAUUGACCACAGCGGCAGCUGAGGCGGAAAGUGGAAUGCUCACGGUGAUUCAUGUGCAGUCCCCUUUCAAUCACUUUGCUGCCUUUCCGGCUGGACCGGGCGGCGCCACAGCAGUGUACGCAUCUUCAUCAAUGAUAGAGUCAGUGAAAAAGGCACAACAAGAGACCUCUGCUGCCCUUCUCUCUCGCGCUCUCCAAAUGUGCCGAGCCAAGCAGAUACGUACUGAAACUCUAGUGCUAGAAGGCGAGGCGAAGGAGAUGAUUUGUGAGGCGGUGGAGAAAAUGCACGUUGAUCUUCUCGUUGUGGGUAGUCGUGGCCUUGGCAAGAUCAAAAGAGCGUUUCUUGGGAGCGUUAGCGAUUACUGCGCUCAUCACGCCAACUGCCCCAUCCUUAUUGUCAAGCCACCUAAGGAGAUGACUAAGUAAUAUGGAGCUGUUUACAUGUUUGGGUUAUUAGUACGAAUUUUAUAAUGAGUGUGCCAUAAUUUACCUAAAAAAGAAAAAAAAGAAAAAAAGAGUGUUGUAUGUACGUGUGUUUGACUUGGAUAAUUAGUGACAUUUUAAGCAAAUGUGUAUUUGGAAAAGUGAUGUCAAUGAAAUAUGAAUAUGGGUCGAAUAAAGAAGCGAAGAUCUGUAGACUGUUGCUUCUCUGCAUCUGUUGUUGUAUUCCCGAUCAUAUUGUUGUAUGUUUAUAAUUUAUUAAAAGCAAAUUGUCUUCCUAAUUUUGAAUCUUUGUUAAUCGAAUCCCAACUUUCGAACGAAUAAAGGAACUGAUUAAUUGCGA